AUGCGCUCGUCAAGAAUAUCAAAAGACACCUCGAAGCUAUUCGAUCGCGUAAAAGAAUCAUCCUCACCACCGAGACGAGUUACAAGAUCUGCCUUGGCGAAAUUCGCUUUCGCAUCGACAGAAGAGACCAAACCUGCAGUCGGCGACAUCGAAGAUAUUGGAGGUCCUAUUCGAAAACGAAAACGAGCUACGGCGGUCAAGACGGAAGUCGCAACAUCUCCUCAAGCCGUCAAGUCCGAACCUGUUGACGAAGACCUCGAUGCCAUCCCAUCACCCCCAGCAAGGGCGCGCCGCGUUCGCAAGCCCGCCCGCAAAGCUACCGAUGCGACGACCGGCACCAUAAAGAUAGAACCGCCGUCGGGUUGGGAGGAAAUGUAUGAUACUGUCAGAAAGAUGAGGGCGCCGGGCGGACGAGCCCACGGUGCGGCCGUUGACACAAUGGGUUGCGAACGCUUGGCAGACAAAAACGCAUCGCCGAAAGAUCAAAGGUUUCAUACAUUGGUGGCGCUCAUGCUGUCGAGUCAGACAAAAGACACGGUAAAUGCCGUUGUCAUGAGAAAACUACAAACUGAGCUGCCACCGUUUGAGCCGGGUGCGCCUCCAGGUCUAAACCUAAAUAACGUUCUGGCGAUCGAUCCCAAGAUUCUGAAUGAAUUCAUCUGGGCUGUUGGCUUUCACAACAAUAAGACAAAGUAUAUCAAGCAGACGGCCGAGAUCCUCCGCGAUCAAUGGGACGGCGAUAUCCCUGACACGAUCGAGGGCCUCGUAUCACUACCAGGCGUCGGUCCCAAGAUGGGCUAUCUGUGUUUGUCGGUAGCAUGGGGAAAGCAUCUGGGGAUUGGUGUUGAUGUACAUGUACACCGUAUCACGAACCUCUGGGGUUGGCACAAAACCAAGAACCCAGAGGAGACUCGUACGACUCUCCAGUCAUGGCUACCACAAGACCGAUGGCACGAAAUCAAUCAUCUUCUUGUAGGAUUGGGACAGUCAGUAUGUUUACCUGUUGGGCGCAAAUGCGGCGAAUGCGAUCUUGGCCUAGAAGGACUAUGCAAGGCUGCGGAUCGAGCAAAAGUGUCGGCAGGUCGAAAGAUCAAAGCCGAGGGUCUAGAACUGGAGGCUCAAAAUGGUGCAGUAGUCAAGACGGAGGUUUCACAAGACAUUGUGAAAGAGGAGGGUGAUAUUGCAUGA